UGCUAUUACAAUGAAGAUAAGAACAUUCACAUACCUGUUGGAACAUAUGACAAAGACUCUGAGUUCAGUUUAAUGAAACUUUACAAAGCACUUCAUGAUGGUCAAGAGAUUGGAUUUGACUUAUGUAAGUCUUCUAGUCCUUGCUUUGCUGAAAAGUUUAACUUCUCAAUAACGACUAAAACAAGCUUUAUUCGUAAGUUGAAGUUCUGA